AUGGCCAAAGUGAAGUCUUUUAACUCCAAGAGGCGGCUAUUCGAUAUCUCGGUGUCAAAGAAACCUAAGCUGACCUAUAAAAAAGAACUAGAAAUUAGAUCCACCCUUCAGGAACUGCUUAUCUACAUUAUUUUUCUAACAGACCUAUGUAUAUUGACUUUUGGGAUGGUAAGCACAAAUAUGUAUUACUUGAACAAAGUUAUAGCAACUCUCUUUUUGGAAACUUCUGUACCUGGGGAAGACAGAACCAACUUUAAAUCUAUUAGCACCAUAACUGAGUUUUGGAAGUUUAUGGAGGGACCCCUUUUGGAAGGUCUAUACUGUGAUUCAUGGUAUAAUACAGAGGUUUUGUAUCAACUGAAAAACAGCAGCCGCAUCUACUAUGAGAAUGUACUUCUAGGAGUCCCUCGAAUUCGACAGCUUAAAGUCCGAAACAACACAUGCAUUGUCUAUCCAAAAUUUCAAUCUUUGAUGGAUGAAUGUUUUGACAGAUAUACUUUAGAAAAUGAAGAUCGAUCUGAUUUUGGCCCUAGACGGGUGCCUGAAUGGAAGUAUUCUCCCUCUACAUCACUGUCUCUUCAGCACUGGGGAGUUUUUGGUGUUUAUGAUAAUGGAGGAUAUAUGUUCACUUUACCUGUAUCGAAGACUGAGGCCAAAGAGAAGUUUACUUUCCUUAAAUUGAACAGCUGGAUCACUAGAGGGACCAGAGUGAUUUUUAUUGAUUUUUCAAUAUACAAUGCUAAUGUAAACCUUUUUUGCAUCAUCAGAUUAGUGGCAGAAUUCCCUGCAACUGGAGGUGUGCUCACUUCGUGGAAUUUUUACUCUGUGAAGCUACUCAGAUAUGUUACUUACUUUGACUACUUUAUUGCUUCCUGUGAAAUCAUAUUUUGUAUUUUCAUUAUUAACUUUAUCAUCCAAGAAAUUAAAAAAAUGAAAGAAUAUAAAUAUGCCUAUUUCAAGAGUUUUUGGAACUUACUAGAGUUGCUGCUUUUGUUGUUGUCCCUUUUGGCCAUUUCAAUUAAUAUAUUCCGUACCACACAAGCAUACCACUUACUUGGACAGCUACUAGAAAAAACUCAGGAAUAUCCAGACUUCUAUUUUCUUGCAUACUGGCAAAUUCGUUACAAUGACAUCGUUGCUGUUAAUAUCUUCUUUGCAUGGAUUAAGAUAUUCAGAUUCAUAAGCUUUAAUAAGACAAUGUCGCAGCUGUCAACAACUCUCUCCCGCUGUAUCAAAGAUAUUAUAGGAUUUGCCAUCAUGUUUUUUAUAAUAUUCUUUGCUUAUGCCCAGUUAGGAUAUCUUGUUUUCGGAUCACAGGUUGACGACUUUUCCACUUUUCAAAAUUCUAUAUUUACACAGUUUCGAAUUGUUCUGGGAGAUUUUAAUUUUGCCAACAUUGAGAAGGCCAAUCGAGUGCUGGGACCUACUUACUUCAUCACUUUCAUCUUCUUUGUAUUCUUUGUCCUGCUGAACAUGUUCCUGGCAAUUAUUAAUGAUGCCUAUUCUGAAGUGAAAGCUGACUAUUCCAUUGGUAGGAGCCCAGAAUCUGAGUUAGCAAACCAAAUCAAAGCAAGCUAUACCAGGAUUAUGGAGAAAUUUAAAAAGAAACCGCCAACAGAAGGCCAAAAUGAAGUGAACGAAAGAGAAGCAGCUUUCCAGCUCAGAAGAAACUUUGAUGAAAAAGAAAUUGAAAGUGCAAGCCAGAUGAAAAAGUGGAAAGAGAACCUUGAGCAAAAGUAUUAUUCUUCAGAAAUUCCAGAUGCUUAUCAGCCUGUCACACAGCAAGAAUUUCGAGAUAGAGCUAGAGAAGGAAUUGCACUAUGUCAGUACAAAAUUAAACAGAGUAAUGAGAAGGAUUUCUGCUACAAAAACAUGACAGAUGUGCAAACAAAGGUGAGAUCACAUUAUGCCAUUACAUCAACUUUCUUCUACAUUACUUAGUUUUAUCCUUUUUUACUUAAUUCCCACCUUUAAUUCCCUUCAAUCUAAACUGUUUAAAGAAUUCUACUAAAAAUCUAAGUCUCACUGUUGAA